GCAGUCAGUCGCGAGCCAGGCAACCGACGACGACGACGACGACCGUGCGGCCGUGACUGUGUAGGUAUAUGCGUAAUUUAUCGUACCACGAUUUUCACCGUCUGUCCUGUGCUGUCGUCCGCGGAGCCGGAAAUCCGGAGGAGGAAAGAUGUCGAACCUGCGCCGCGUGACCGACGUGGUCUUCGCCGUCGCCGUCACCGCGUGGAUAUCCAUUUCGGCGGCGGCUUCUCCGGACGUCCGGCGAUACGACCCCGACUGGAACAGCCUGGACGCCAGACCGCUGCCCUCGUGGUACGACCAGGCCAAGUUCGGCGUGUUCAUCCACUGGGGCGUGUACUCGGUGCCGGCGUUCGGCAGCGAAUGGUUUUGGAUGAACUGGAGAGGUAGGAAAGGCGCAAACUAUGUAAAUUUCAUGACAAAAAAUUACAAGCCAGGUUUCACGUACCAAGAAUUUGGUCCCCAGUUGACCGCGGAGUUCUUCGACCCCAUGCAAUGGGCCAGUAUCAUCAAGGACUCCGGUGCAAAAUACGUAGUUUUGACCACUAAACACCACGAAGGUUACACGUUGUGGCCGUCGAAAAAAUCAUUCGGAUGGAACUCUGUAGACGUCGGACCCCACAGAGAUCUUGUAGGUGACCUAAGCAGAGCCAUAAGGAGUUUAAACAAAACUCGGUUUGGGGUAUACCAUUCGCUAUACGAAUGGUUUAACCCGCUUUGGUUACAAGAUAAACAGUCGAAUUUGACCACUCGCACAUUUGUGACUGAGAAAGUCCUCCCGGAACUCUACGAAUUGGUGAAUCAUUAUAAACCAGAAAUCAUAUGGUCGGAUGGUGAAUGGGAAGCUCCGGACACCUACUGGGAUUCGUUGAACUUCCUUGCUUGGCUCUACAAUGACAGCCCUGUCAAAGAUACGAUUGUGGUGAAUGACCGAUGGGGUGGUGAUACACUGUGCAAGCACGGUGGAUUUUUGACCUGUGCGGAUAGAUAUCAACCAGGAAAGGUUGUUGGUCGAAAAUGGGAAAACGCUAUGACAAUUGAUAAGUAUUCGUGGGGUUACAGAAGGAAUGCUCGAGCUUUAGACGUGUACUCGAUACAUAGUUUAAUCGCCCAACUAGUCGAAACUGUAAGCUUUGGAGGUAAUUUGUUACUAAACAUUAGUCCUACCAGUGAUGGCAUGAUUCCUCCGUUACACGAAGAGCGUUUGCUACAAAUCGGCCAAUGGUUGUCGGUAAAUGGCGAGUCAAUAUUUGGUAGCAAUCCGUGGUCGACUUGUCAAAACGAUACACAACAACCGCACUUGUGGUACACGCGAGGAGCAAAUUCUUCGACUAUUUAUUCGAUUGUUUUGCAAUGGCCCGAUGGUAAUUUACUCAACUCUGCGUGUCUGGGAAAAUUAGACAUCGACUCUAUCGUUAUGUUGGACACACAAAGUAAACUCAAGUGGACUCAAAAGACGGAAGGCGGUUUGAUGAUUAAACUAGAAGAUAAAUCUAAAACCAAAACAGAGUGGGGCUGGGCUCUACGAGUUACAUUGAAUCCUUAAGUGUUUUUCCGAGAACUGUAUCCUUUCAGUUGUACUAAUAAUAUUUCAUACGAAACAAUUGUGCCAAACAUCUAAAACAAAAAUGUAUAUAUUAAUUAUUAACACUGAAAUGAACGAGUACAAUUAUUGAUAAACGAAUUACUAAAUUAGGUAUACCAUACUCACAGUUAAUAAGAACCUUCUGGUCAUUAAAAACAUGUGGCUUCCGGUUAGUCCAAUAUGAUCUUUUUGUAUUUGUAACAAAAAAAAUUCCACCUAAUCAAAUUUCAUUAUAGAUACAAUAAAUUGCCCAUUUAGCCACUGUAUAUGUCUACGUUUUUACAACUAAAGAAUCAUUAUAAACUGAACUCGCCUCAUUACAAAAUGAUUGCUGCGGUAUAUCAUAAAGCGAUCUUUUUGGCAAUUUGCUGCUCUCGUAUAUUUUCACGGAGCAUAAACAUAAUAAACAUCCUCGCAAUGAAGAAACCAAAAACGAAAGUAUUGCAUGGACGCGGUGACUUAAACUGUAAUUUUCAUUUGUUGGUCUGAAUAAGAAUAAAAUUAUUUCUAUGUAAAUUAUUACUACACUAUACACGAAAUCAAAUUAAUAAGUUAAAUAGUUAAAAAAUAUGUUUUUUUUUUGAUUUGUCUAGACGUAUAUUUAAUUAGAUAUUUUCUUCAAACUAUGUUAUUUGGGUUGGUAUUAUUAUUAUUAUUUUUUUUAAUGAUAUCGGGAACCUAUUAAAUGAGGUAGGUAUAGGUGUUUGGUCAGUUUGAUUUCAGUUUUUUUUU